CACUGCCGAUUACUGUAUGACGACGGGUUUGUAAUGAGCUUUAAACGGGAAGAUAAACAUGACUUCUAAGGCACCAUGUUUUAAAAGUACGUAAAUAAGGAAAAGGUGUGCUAAGCUAGGCUCAGCAGCCAUGGUGGAAGUGUUUGCCGGCCGGACUCUGGUCAACAAAGAUGGGGACUACGUGGAGCCGGAAGAGGCGCUGAAGAACAAAGUAGUCGGCAUUUACUUCUCUGCAGGAUGGUGUCCACCUUGUAGGGACUUCACGCCCGUCUUGUGCGACUUCUACACGGAGCUGGUGGAAGAAAGCGACCCCCCUGCGCAGUUUGAGGUGGUCUUCGUGUCGUCAGACAAGUCCACCGAGGAGAUGGUGGAGUACUACCACGACAUGCACGGAGACUGGCUGGCUCUACCCUGGACCGACGAUUACAGGCUUGAGUUGAAGAAGCGCUACAACAUCACAGCCGUGCCCAAGCUGGUGAUCGUGAAGGAGAACGGUGACGUGAUCACAGACAAGGGACGCAAACAGAUCCGAGACCGGGGCCUGGCCUGCUUCAGGUCCUGGUUGGACGCCGCUGAGAUUUUUCAGAACUUUAAGGGCUAAAGAAAAACAACAAAGACAUAUUGUGGACUUAAUGAUUACUACAUUUACGUCGCACUACAUCUAUUUAUACUACCUUUUUUUUUCUACAGCUUUAAGCCUUGACGAACAGUGGGUACUCUGCUAUGCGCAAAUGUACAAAGACUACUAAACGUAUAUCAAUACAAUCUAGGGUCUUGUAAAUGAACAAAUCCAACUUUGUUUCGGAUGCUGAGAAGGCUGCUUUAGUUGCUUGCCUAUGCAUUUAAAGAUGAAUCUCAGGCGUGACUUUUGUGCUGUGUGCUAGAGAAAUGUGUGCAAUUUUAAUAAGGAGCCAUCUUAUGAUGUAGUAGGAGGUAUAUUUUUAUAAUUUUUCUACGCAUGAAUAAAAUCAUAUUCUCA